UUCUAGAAAUUUUGUGCGAUUUUCCUUAGCAACAGAGACAAAAUUUUGCUCCUAUUCACAACAUUGUUUUACCUAUUCCUCUGCAAUGUCUGGGAAUUCUAAAACAGUUUUAAUUCAGAAGAUAUCGAAUAUGUCACUGUUGCCAACUUUGGAAUCCCCCAAGACCAUAGACAACUCCUCUUUUACAGAGAUGUCGCAACAAUAUUCGGGAAGUCUUGCUCCUCCUGGCACGACAGACACGACAACCAAUCCGACAACAGCGCCCGUUGCAGAGAAUCCCGCAUGGAAGAAAGCACAGGAAGCCCUGGAGAAAGUUAAGGAGAAAGAGAAACAGGAGACAGUUGUGGUGGACACUCAGCAGAAAAACAUGCAACAACAACAGCAGGAACAACAAUACCAACAGUACUACCAGCAGUACGCUCAGCAGUAUGCCAUGUAUCAACAGCAAUAUGGAUACCAGUAUCCAUAUCAGCCUGGAUACAACCCUGCGUUCUACCAACAGUACCCAAACCCUGGGGGCAUGUACCAAGGAUACCAACCAAAUAUGCCUGGCCAGGCCCCUAACAUGCCUCAGUUCCCACAACAGCCUCCCAACAUGCAAGGUCCGCCACCACAACAACAAAAUCAACAACAACAACAAACGCCAAUGAUGGGCCAACCAAAUCAGGACAACAGCAACAACCAAGCCCCGAUGCCUGGACCCUGGACUCAGAAUCAACAUCAGAGUUAUGCUAAUGUCGUUAAGGGGAACAACCAAUCAGGGACCAAUACAUGGAACUUCUCACAGAGGGGACCCAAUGACCAACCCAACCAACCACCAAACCAGAUGAAAAUGAAAGCUGCCCCAGGUGCAGGCAUCAAAUUCAACCUCCCCAAGCGGCAUCAGCAGAUGGGAAACCCUCUAGCGUCAGCGGGCCACUCUUCGGGAUCGAACAACCAAAGGCAGGCGAACUCCGAGUCACCGCGACAGCCACACCCGCAACAAUCGUUUCGAGGUCGCCAGGGUCAACAUCAAGAGAGGGAUCAACAAGAGGAACCUAGUUCUCAACCUCAACAUGAUACUACACUACCUCCAGGGGGUGGCAUGGGCGGAGGCACACCAAAUCCAAGCGACUGGCCCCCAAGUCUCAAGGAGUAUGUACAAAGAGCCUUUGCUCGCUGUGAGAAAGAGAUAGACAAGGAUCAAGUAGAGAUCAUCCUAAAGGGUAAACUGACCAGUGUGUUCAACAAUGGGUCUGCCUGGACUAUAAACUGGGACAAAGAACCACUACCUGGGAUCCACAGUGACAGAGUGAAACAGGAGGUCCCCCACAGACCAAGCAGAUGGGGGGAGUCAGAGGGUCGACAACAGAACCAGGGGCUGAACAACAGGGGACUUGUGGGUGGUAGGAACAGGUUUAGGUCAAGGUCUAGAUCGAAAAGCAGAUCGCGAUCCAGGAGUAGAUCUAGGUCCAGAUCUCGCUCUAGAUCUCGCUCCCGCUCGCCGCGCCCGUACAACAGCUACAACCGGCGCUACCGGAGACGAGCGGACAGCAGCGGGAGCUCUAGCUCUUCGGAGAACGACAACAGGUCCGGUCGUGGCACGCAGAGAGGCCGCGGUCGUGGCAGAGGCCGCGGGAGAGGCAAGGGCAACCAGACGCCCGGGAAAGGAAAGAACAAGAGAAAGAAGAAUGACUUUCAGUUCACCUACAAUGACCCCAACAAGGCCGCAAAGUUACAGAAGAGAAUGGCUCGCUUUGCCGGGGACAGAAAACCCCGCUCCCAGCCCCUCCAACUCUCCAUCAAUAACUUCACUAAUGAAAAUGACGAUAGCGUAGACUGCUGGGACCCUGACCACACGGUCAUCGGAAUGUGCCAGGACAUUGAGAAACCCUACCUCAGACUGACCACUGCACCAGACCCAUCACUGGUACGACCAGUAGAGGUGCUAAGGAAAGCUUUGGAGCACGUCAAGGCCAAGUACAAGGCUCUAGGAGACUACCACUACGCUUGUGAACAGCUCAAGUCCAUACGACAAGAUCUCACGAUCCAGUGUGUGCGAGACAGUUUUGCAGUGCAAGUGUACGAAACACACGCUAGGAUAGCCCUGGAAAAGAUGGACUACCAUGAGUUCAAUCAGUGCCAGACCCAGCUGAAGGCCCUGUACUCGGAGGGAAUCGAGAACGGACACAGCCGGGAGUUCACAGCAUACAGGCUCAUCUACUACAUCUUCACCAAGAACAAAGCUGAUAUCACGACUUGCCUGGCCUCCCUAACAAAGGAGAUGCGAGAGGACUCAGACAUAGCCUUUGCCUUGUCCCUCCGCUCUGCAUGGGCGCUAUCCAAUUAUCACAAGUUCUUUAAGUUGUAUGGGUCCGCCCCCAAAAUGACGGGCUAUCUCAUUGACAUGUUUGUUGACAGGGAGCGCAAGGCCGCGCUGAAGACGCUCAUCAAAUCCUACCGCCCCAUGUUGCCCGUAUCGUAUGUCGUGAGCGAGCUUGCCUUUGACUCGGCUGAGGUCUGCGUAGAAUUCCUGACGUCCCUCGGGGUGAUAAUGACGGCAGACCAGUCGAAAGUGGACUGCAAACAAAGCAUGUCGGCCUUGGCGGGGUUCUAGAAUAGGCUCCUAGCAAAGUCCAAAGGGUUUCUACUUUUCCAGAGCACAAUUUUCAAUAGUUCAACAAAAAGGAUGCAGCGAAAAUGAAAAUAGACUAUUCCAUCCUUACAACACAAUUUUUAAACAAAUCCUGCUCUGAACUGAAAGAUAUACUAAAAGCUAUGAUCCGUAGAAAAAGCCUUCGAAAUCUUUUACCUGCCUUGCGGGUUACUACUAGUAGUUGUGAUGUUUUUAUACCAACGACGAAGAGAAGAUCAGAAAAUUAUAUUCAUAUCAAUUUUCAGUGAUUGAAACUAAA